UCGAAUGCUGAUUGGUUGAAACGCUGAGUUGACCCGGGAAAGAGAAAAGCUUCACGGAAGUGGACAAAAAUGCAGGCGCUCGAAAGUUUCGAGGAACAGUUAGCUGAACAAAUUGCGUUACACCACAACCUUUAUGACCCUGGACACAAGUAUUACAAGAACCCGCACGUUAGCAUCAAGUCGUGGCAAGAAAUAGCAGCCGCCCUCCAGACAGAGCCGGACAAAUGCCGCGAGAAGUGGAAGCAACUUCGGGACAGGUAUGUUCGGGCCAAGAAAAAGUUCAACAGCAAAAGCAGCCAGCCAGCGAGACCAGCGAGAACCCCUCCGCUGCUGAAGUCCCUGUCGUGGCUGGACGGGUACGUGAAACACAGGAAUGCCGUGACGAGGUACACAAUAGAGAGUCCCGAAGACUUCUCAUCCUCCCCCGCAGGGCCGGCCCAGGUGCUGGAAGACAUGGCUAACCCUUAUCCCGAUAAAUCCCAGAGUUCAGCUGCAGCAUCCCCUGGACCGUCACCACACAACAGCAGCCAGGGAGGCGAAAUACAAUUGAUGGAGUCGACUCUGCCGAGCCCCUCCAGGUCCGAGGGCAGCCCGACACGGCGCUGCAUCACCCCGACCCCACAAAGCCGGCCUAAUAAAAGGAAGGAACACGAUGAGGACCACGCCACCACCUCCAUAAAAGACCUGCUAACGGACUGCUCCAAAAUGGCAGCAUUACGUGACAUGUGUGCUGUGCAAGGGGAUGAGCUGGACGAAUCGCACUACUUUGGAAUCGUGGUCGCAAAGGGGCUGCGGACGUUGCCGGACAAAAUGCGGGCAGAUGCCAUGGCACAGGUGAUGGUGCUGUUGAGCAACUUCCGUCAACAAGCUUUCGAGCUGCAAACAACAAACGACAACAAGAAAACCUGAUGACACGU